UCUUUGCUUUACUUUGUUACAAUGGCUCCUCAUCGAAUCAUCUCUCAGCAUGCGACUCGCUACAACUACUUUUGCGCUAUUUUUGUGGGUAUUGGCUCUUUGCUGUGGGGCUAUGAUUCAGGUGUUUUCGGGACUGCUCAGGCACAGGAUUACUUUUCUGAAUUCUUUCAUCCAUCCACUCCUAUCUUAGGCGCAAUCAUAUCAACUUACACCGUUGGAGGGGCUAUCGGAUGCCUAUUCUCGUGGCCGAUUGGAAAUAAAUAUGGGCGCAGAGGAACCAUGGCAAUCGGUGCCAUCGUCUCUAUUAUUGGAUGUACCCUCCAAACAGCUGCUCAAGAGAUCGGAAUGCUCAUCACAGGCCGCCUCAUUGCGGGACUCGCGGUAGGUAUAAUCUACUUCGCAAUCCCUCAGUAUCAGUCCGAGAUUGCUCCACCAGAACAUAGGGGAAGUAUCGUUGGCCUACAUGCUCAAUUCAUAGGUACGGGCUAUGCCUUAUCAAACUGGGUAGGGUUCGGUGUUUAUUACGCCAAAGGACAAUUCACAUACAGAUUUCCCGUUGGCCUCCAAAUCGUGUGGGGAAUGAUCCUUCUCAUUGGCAGCUACUUCCUACCUGAAUCUCCACGUUUCUUGAUCGAAUCGGGGGAGACUGAACGAGCAUAUGAGAUCAUGAAAAAUUUCCGGAAGAAAGGCCAUGAAGAGUUCGUGAAGAAAGAGUUUGUUCAAAUGAGGGAUCAAAUUGUGUGGGAGAAAGAGAAUGAAGAAUCCUCCAUACUGGCUAUCAUCCGCAAACCCUCGUAUCGCAAACGCUUGAUCCUCGGAUGCUUCGUCCACAUUGCUCAGCAGAUUACCGGUGCAUCGGCUAUCAAUUACUACCAAACGAUCAUGUACAAGUCCCUCGGUGUACAAGGCGCGACUGUACUAGCGCUUGCAGGAGUAUGGGGUACCAUAGGGCCACUAGCCAAUCUUUUCUGUCUAGCAUUUAUCAUCGACCGUGUUAAGCGACGAAAGAUGCUCAUAUGGGGCUCAAUAGGCCUGAGUGUUGACAUCGCCCUAGUUAUGAUGUUCGUCGCUGUCUACGGCGGCUCGUCUAACAAAGUGGCUAAUGGCUUCGGCAUUUUCUUUCUGCUUCUUUUCGGUAUCAUUUUCUCUGUUUCAUGGAACAGUGGUUGUCCGCUAUACUGUACCGAGAUUUUCCCAACACAGAUUCGAUCGACUGGCGGUGCGAUAUCGACCUUCUGGAGCUUCAUCAUCCAAAUCAUACUCGCGCAGGCAUCUCCUACCGCUUUGCUGAACGUGGGGUGGAGAUACUAUAUCUUUUUCUUGGUCAUGAAUCUUUCUACAGCCCUUGCCGUUUAUCUCUUCCUGCCUGAGACGUUCGGGAAAUCAUUGGAAGAGAUCAAUGAGGUAUUUGGGGACUCAUUCGUCACGGUUCAUCUUGAUGAUAAUAUCGCGAAGGAGAAGCUGGAUCAGGCUGUGCAUGUCGAAGACGUCAAGUCUCCAUCUGUGUGA